ACAAAAUCUUUACACAAAUCUAGUCUUGUAGGAUCUCUAGUCUAGAUUAGUAGAUAUAAUCAUAUUUUAUUUGCUACCCAAAUCACAUCUAGAAUUCUAUAUUUGCCUAGAUCUAUUGACGGAGAAUCUGUUUCAUUUGAAUAUUUGUCAUAAGAGCUGGCCCAGAACAUUAGAGGGAAAGGACCUGUUUUUGCUUUAAAAGGCAACAAAUACAGCAUCUUAUCUUAUAAAAUACAGACCUUACUUCAAAAAAAAGAAGAUGAUUAAGUUCUAGGCAUGUUCCUAGGUCAAAUUCACUCAAUUCUAUUUUGACCUUUAACUAAUAGGAAAUGUUUUGUGUUGAUAAUUUUACAGCUUAAUGGUGAUGGCUGAUGAUAAAAUUAGCGGAGUAGAGGCAUCAGCAAUAGAUAUUUUGAAACGUGCGGUAGAAUUGGAUAAAAAUAGAAGAUUUGAAGAAUCCCUAACAUGUUACCAAGAAGGUGUGGGACUCUUGAUGCAAGUGCACAAAGCCAUAACAGAUGCUGCAAAGAAACUAAGAUAUAGAGAAAAGCUUCAGGAAUAUUUAGUCAGAGCUGAAGAUUUAAAAGCAUUUUUGAAGGAAGAGAAAGAAGCUUCUAAAAAGGUUGAGCGUAUACAGAUAGAGGCGGACUCCACAGGGCAUUCCUAUGAGACAUUAUUUGGCCAUUAUUUCAACAAAUAUGUGACAGAAGUGGAGGUUGAUGACCCAUAUAUACGAAAAGAUCAUCAGAUUGACAACUUUAUCAGGUUGUGUGAACUCAUUGUUGGCAAAAAGAUUCCAGUGAAGACUGUCACUCUCACAACAAGUAAGGACCCAAACCCUAACAAUUCCCUGACACAACAUGAUAAGCUUCUUAUUGUUGGACGUUCACUUUUCUCUCAUGGCAUAGAGCUAAAGAUAAAGUAUUCUGAUACUCUACAUGACAGAGAAAUAAGGUUGAACACAGGCUGGGUCAUCAAAAUAGGUAGAGGUCUGGAUUAUUUCAAAGGCUGUGAUCGUUUUAACAUUGGAUUCUGUGACCUGAAUUUGAGAAAGUGUCAUGAAACAACAGUAGAUAUUUUCCACCAGGGAUCAGUUAGGGCCACAACAAGUACAAGCUAGCACCAGAAUCUCUUGUUGAAGAAUAUUGUUGUUCCACAUUCGUAGUUGCUGAUCGGCACUAUAUGCGACCCGAUGCAAGUAUUUGUGAAAAGUUGUAUGAAUGCAAUCUGCGUUUCAUAAAAACUGGGACAUCACUUACAAUUUUUUCACAGGGUUGAGUCCAUGUUGAAAUAUUUUAUUAUUAGAAGGGUUUUAUUUUUCUCAACCUCUAACACAGUUCUCUCAAUGACACAUCAAAUCUGGAUCAUGUGAUUGUGUCACCACAAGUUCUGCGAUUUUAAAUCUUGUUCAGAGACUUUUUUUCUUACAAUAAUUAUAUUAAAAAAUAUGUUUAUCCAUGGUCAUUCCAGUAUAAGAAAGUAUAGCAUUUCAAACCCUAAUACACUUCGGAGGUUGUAUCUUAUUGUUGAAUCUCCACCUUGCAGCCAUUUAUAUACCAGCUAAACAAAAAGUCUUUUGCUCUAACAGUUGGAAAUUGUUGAAUCUGUUACACUGUCAUCCUGAAGGCAGUAGAUAGAUUAAGAUAUUAAUUAAUCGUUUUUCUUUCAUUUUGGUAGGGUCAAAUAUCUACAUAAGAGAGAAUGUAUGCAGUGGCAUGGCCAUGGCACAAAGUGGUUUAUAAAUUUAUUGUGUCUAGGCCCAUGACCAAGUGGGGCCCAAAUAUAAUUAUAAAUUACUUUUAAGUUCAUGUACAAGAACUGAUUGUUAUGACACUUUUCCUUAUCAUUAUUUGAAAUUGAGUGUAAAGACACUAUUGCUUGCAAAAGGUGGUUUAUUCAUCAGAAUACCUGUUAGUAAACGAACUGAUACCUACAGGAUGACUACUUGUUUUUAUGACACACAACUUUUAUUAUGGUCACCAUCGUAUUCUUGAAGCCUGGGCCCAUUGGUGCUAUGCCACUGCAUUAUGUCAAUUUCUCAAUAAUUAUAAGACUCAUUUCAGUGUACAGUAGUUCAUUCAUACUUUAUAGUCUCAAUUAUGAGCACUCAAAUGUUUCUCAAGUUUUUAAAAUGUUAAUUUGAAUUUAUUUUUUUUGCUACAUAUAGGACUGAUUGGUAGCCUAUGCUUUCAUUUUGUAUGAUUAUAUUACUGUUGUUAUUUUGUAAAAGUAUUUCAACAUUUCAAAGAAUAUUAAAUCAAAAUCAAAUACUGUCUGCUGUAGAAUGCAUUUAUUCAGCAACAGAAUGAAUCAAAAACUACAUUUUUAUGCCCCUAAGCUACUUAGUCUAAAGAAUAUUGUUAUUAAAAUUAAAUUGGUUCAAGAGUUAAGAACUCUAUUUUUUAGCUCAGAAUAUUUGAUAUCAGAACAUAAGUCUAGGUUAAUGAUAAAAGAAAAAAAUAUUUCUUCUUUCAUUUUAAAUUCCACCUGAUUAAUAUUUUAAUUAUGCAUAUUAUAUUAUCAUAGUAUCACUAAAGUGUGUAAUUUAUUUAAUAUAGUAGUAUUUUCAAAGACCAAUGUGGAUAUUUAUACUAUGAAAUAUAUCUACUUAUUAUAUGACUUGUUAACACUAUCCUAUGCAAUGCAAUGUUUUAUAAUUUUCAAGAAUAUAAGGUAAUUUUUGUGUGUGCAAUUUAUGGUUAAAUUUAUAUUAUGUUAUAUAUUCACAUCUUAGCAAUCAAAUUUUUUUUAAGAUUAAAAAAAAAAAAAAAAAAAAAGAAACAUUGUUCAUAAAAAAAUUAAUUAUGGAGUAGCUGUGAUGUAGCUAAUUUAAGCUUGAAUUAUCUCUUUCAACUCAAUUUUGUUUUACUAAUGUUUUAAAAUGUUGAUUUUAUUUCUUUGGCCAUCAAUAAUAAAUUCAAACUCCAUGUAUAUACAUUUUUUAGAACUAAAGCUUAAUGACACCAUCAAGGAAAAAAAAAUAAUUGCAGAACUGAAACUUGUCAAGAAUUUGUUUGAACUAAACUUUUCAUUAUAUUUUUUUUUUAAAUACAAGGUGAUCAACACCAAAAUAAGGAGAAAAAAAAAAAAGAGAAUUUA